CUACUAUGUAACUGACACUCCGCAGCUUCAAUGCUCUCAAUCGGAGGCGCAUCUUUCAAAAGGAGACGAAGUUUUUACUGCUGCAAUCACUACUCUACUGAAGCUCCAGUAACGAAGCAACAAAAAACGAGCGACCAACUUUGACGAACGAGCGAUAUAAUAAAUUUACACAAACAAACACAAAAGCAACAAUACAGCAGCAUUUUGCAAGAAACACACAGUUGAAGUAUCAAAUACUCGUUUGAACAGCAUUUGGAGCAAUAAAAUCCAUUGCUAUCAACUACUGUUGAUGGAGCUUAAGCUGGUGUUGGCUACGAAAGAAUUACAGCCAGCCGGAGCAGCAGCUGGUGAUGUUGCAAAAGAAAUUUGGCACAGACUCGUCUCGCACUCAAUGCGCUUCCACUCGAUGCGAUUCGACGGCUGCGAUUUACUACAAACGAACGACGAAGCUCACGAAGUGUUUGGGGAAAAAUCCGCCUCAGUCUUUGGUAUCAUCUGACGUCGUUGAUACGCUGCUCCGGCCGGUCGGUAACGCGUUCAAACGUAAACGAGAUUUUUACACGUAAACCUUUGUAAUAGUCAGUGUCGGCAAAUGUUGGACGAUUUGUGAAAAAUAAAAAAAAUUAAUCUAAAUGGUUUAAGUUGAUUUUACUUUUUCAAAGUUCGUGUUGGAAAAGAUUUAAGCGUUUUAUGUACAUAUACGUUUGUAAAUAUGUGUGUGUGAGUUAAUGCUGGACAAAACUAUGAUUCGGCUUUAUUGUGCCGCGUCCAGUCCUACGCUACAAUGUUUUCAAGCUGAAGGAAUAUAAAGACGCAGCCUUUCUUUGAAUCAUUGGCGCUAUGAGGAACCAUCAAAACAGUCAAAAAGAAUUUAGUAAAAACAGAAACCAACUACAUUUAAAUCUCAUACGUUUCCUAACGAGAGACAAAGAGAAAUAGAAAUAAUUCGCCCUUCCAUCCAAUCGAACAAAUGAAGUGAAUGAAUUUGAACAACUUAUAGACAGAUAGUGUGUCUCUGGAACCAAAUACUUGAAAGAAAAGAAUAUUUAGUUGUCUUUAUAGAAUCACUUAAAGAAAUGCCAUAUUUCGAGCAGUGAAAUUUAAGCAAAAUCUCAAUGUGAAUUAUGACACAACGUGUGCGAAUAAAUACGAGAAUUAAAGUGAAGCGAACACAUAUCAUGCUGCACACGCCUACACGCGCCUACAAAUGCAAGUGCCAAUGGAUGUGCCACGAAUAGGUGGCUGUACAUAGCAAAGUGUGUGUUUGCUAAGCCAAGCGCAUGUUGACAUCACCGUUGGCGGAAAAACCCCAGCAUGGCGCACAGAGAGCGUUGAGUAAAUAUACAUACAAAAAUACAAACGCGUGUGUUGAAGAAAACUAAAAAAACAUUGUGUGUUUGUGCUAAAUGUGUGUGCGAACCGCUGCAUUUGUGUGAGUGAGCAUAAGAUGCUCGUGGUAGAAGUAAAACAAAGCAAAAACGGAAAAUAAAAGUAAAAGUGUUUAACUCCGCAAUGGAUUUAUGCUGAUUGCACGGGAUUACUGGAUAAAUUGGAAAGGCUUCAGCAUGAAUUCCAUUCAAUUUUUUAUCGUCGCGCUUUUGGCAACUAUCGAUAUUCACAUGAAUCAAGCACUUAACCUCUCAAAUCUCUCCGUCCCGCGCAUAAUCGAUGCCGCACAAAAAGCGAAACUAUUUUGCAGCUACGAAAUGGGUAAUCGCACACUUAACUCGGUUAAGUGGUAUAAGGAUGGGCAAGAGUUUUUCAGAUACUCACCGCUCACGCCGCCAACUACAAAUUGGUUUCCCGUCAUAGGUGUCACCAUUGCUGAUGGCUCAUCGCACUGCAAUCAAUUCAUCUGCAAUGUCGAACUGGAGAAACUGAAUGUACAUUCGUCCGGUUCGUAUCGGUGCGAGGUGUCCGGUGAUGCGCCCGAAUUCAAAUUGAUCGAUAAAACAGCCAACAUGACAGUGGGCGUUUUACCCAAAUUCGGACCGUUCAUCAACGGCAUUGUGCAUCCGUACCGAUAUGGGGAUUUUCUGGCAGUUAACUGCAGUUCAGAUUGGUCCAAUCCCGCAACAACGCUUACGUGGUACAUCAACAACAAAACGGCACCCUUCACAAGCCUACAACCACAACUGAAUGAAAUCACACGCAACACAGACGGUUUCAUGCUCUAUGCCAGUUCGUUGCAGUUGCGCAUACACAUCGACGAUCCACGUUUCAUAUCAAAAAGUGAAAUUUUAGAAUUGAAAUGUGUGGCGGAUAUAAUGGGCAUAUCGAGUGUGCGGCGAGAGAGUAAGGUGCGUGCAACGAUCUUGGCGCUGCGCGAUGCUGGACACAAACAACGAUUGCUGGGGCAAGGUAAUGACGGCAAUGCGUCCAGCUGUGGCUGUGAAGUAUUGAUAGAAUCUUGGAUAUUCUGGCUAUGUUUCCUAGUUUUUUCACGAUUGUCAUUACUGCCAACCAACUGUCAUUGGAGUUAGCUGCGUGCACAAGGAAUUAAAUAGAAGGCCUGCCAGUUUAGCGCAUAACUGUAACUUAGUAAAUUAACAUAGUCUUAAGAACGUAGUCUAAGAAACAAACAACUAAUCACAAUUUACAACAACAUUUGAAUGAACUAAUUUGCAUGGAGAAAACAGAAGGAGAAAUCAUACAUUAAAGGAAAUAUAGAAACGAAAUACUCGCACAGAAUUUAGGUACAUUAAAGCUUAGCGGCACGAAUACAUGAAAGUUUCUAUUUAAAACACUGACACAAACAGGUCCAAAUUCGGAAACUAAAACUAGUUUCGGUCAACUUUGGCAUGCAAACUGAAAUACCAAAGAUAAAGGAAGCGGUAAAGGCUAUAACACUGACAUGAUCCAUACCAGAUAGCAUAAUUAAAUAGUAUAAGG